AUGUUUUCGGGGGGGCAGCAGCCAAAGGGGAUGAUUGGAGGAGGGGGGCAGGAUGGGGAGGAUCAGGAACCGAAUGAGAUUGAGGAGUUGGCCAAGAGGCUGGAGGCUGCGAAGCUUUCGCCUGAGGCGGCCAAGGUGGCGGAGAGGGAAUUGAAGAGGCUGAAAAAGAUCCAUCCCGCGCAGGCUGAGUAUGCUGUUACGCGGACAUAUCUGGAGACGCUGGCGGAGAUUCCGUGGACGGUUACGACUGAUGAUCGGCUGGGACCGCAUACGCUGCCGAGGGCGAGGAAGCAGUUGGAUGAGGAUCAUUAUGGGUUGGAGAAGGUCAAGAAGAGGCUGCUGGAGUACUUGGCGGUGCUGAGGUUGAAGCAGAGUGUGAAUGAGGAGGUUGACAAGGAGAUCAAGAAGGUGGAGGAGGAGCUUGGGGCCGCUAGUGCCCACAGUGACACUAAGGAGGCGGAGGAAGCGGCCGAGAAGGCUGCUGAUGCAACUACUGCCCUGGAGGAGAAGAUCAAGGCUAAUAGUGCCAAGGUUGAGAUUCUUCGCAGCAAGAGAAUGGUUGAUAAGUCCCCCAUUCUUUUGCUUGUCGGCCCCCCAGGUGUAGGCAAGACCUCCCUUGCCCGCUCCGUCGCUACAGCCCUCGGCCGCAAGUUCCACCGCAUCUCCCUCGGCGGCGUCCGCGAUGAGGCGGAAAUCCGCGGCCACAGAAGAACCUAUGUCGCAGCCAUGCCAGGUCUUAUAGUGCAGGGCCUCAAGAAAGUCGGCGUGGCGAACCCAGUCGUCCUGCUCGACGAAAUCGACAAGAUUGGCGGCUCCAACCACCACGGCGACCCCUCUGCUGCCAUGCUGGAAGUUCUCGACCCGGAGCAGAACCACAACUUUGUCGAUCACUACAUCAACAUCCCUAUUGACUUGAGCAAGGUCAUGUUCAUUGCCACAGCCAACAGCCUGGAUACCAUCCCGGCGCCGCUGCUGGACAGGAUGGAGACGAUUUACAUUCCGGGGUACACCACGUUGGAGAAGAGGCAUAUUGCCAUGCAGCAUUUGGUACCGAAGCAGAUUAGGGUCAACGGGUUGAGGGAGGAGCAGGUUGUUUUUACGGAGGAGGUGGUGGGGAGGAUCAUUGAGAGUUAUACACGGGAAGCGGGGGUCAGAAAUCUGGAAAGGGAGAUUGGGUCGGUGUUGAGGGGGAAGGCGGUUGAGUACGCGGAUGCGAAGGAUGCGGGACACCCGGAGAAGUACAAUCCUGUGCUGACGGUGGAUGAUCUUGAGCGAUUCCUCGGCAUUGAGAAGUUUGAGGAGGAGAUUGCGGAGAAGACGAGCAGGCCAGGGAUUGUCACGGGCUUAGUGGCGUAUAGCUCGGGAGGGAAUGGGAGCAUCCUGUUUAUCGAGGUGGCGGACAUGCCGGGCAGUGGAAGGUUGCAACUCACGGGUAAACUGGGGGAUGUGCUGAAGGAGAGUGUGGAGGUGGCGCUUACGUGGGUGAAGGCGAAUGCGUACGAGCUUGGGCUGACGCAGAACCCGGGGGAGGAUAUCAUGAAGGGGAGGAGCAUUCAUGUGCAUUGUCCUAGUGGAAGUAUUCCCAAGGAUGGGCCGAGCAGUGGGAUUGCGCAGGCGGUGGCGAUGGUUAGUUUGUUUAGUGGGAGGGCGGUGCCGCCUACUAUGGCCAUGACGGGCGAAAUCUCCCUCCGUGGCCGCGUCACUGCCGUCGGUGGCAUCAAGGAGAAACUUAUUGGUGCGUUGAGGGCGGGAGUCAAGAUUGUGUUGCUACCUGCGCAGAACAGGAAGGAUGUGAAGGACUUGCCGCAGGAGGUGAAGGAUGGGUUGGAGAUUGUGCAUGUGGAGCAUAUCUGGGAGGCGAUACGGUUUGUCUGGCCUGAUGCGGAGUGGCCGGUGGAUAGGAAGGGUGUUGCUGUUCAGAGUCGGUUGUAA